CAUUCUUGAUUAUCGAGAAGUCAAGCCGAUAGCAGACCGAACAGGGACGUGCUGAAAGGAAGAAUUAAUGUUUUUGAGUGGAAACAUAGGCGUCAUUUCAAACUUCACUGGUCAGCUAAAGGAACGCGAAGAGUUUUGAAAAUAGCAGGACUGAAUUGACUACAAGAUGCGUCUUUGUGUCUUCAUCGGACUGCUGACCGUGGCCCUGCACCAACUUCUGCAGGUGUCUUCUGAACUGACGUUUGAAGGUUGCUACGCUGGAAUCCUGGAGCACCAAGGCGAAUCCAGCUUCCGUCAGAUGAACGACAACGGCGCCUGCGUUGAGGAUUGUCGUCAGAAAGGUUACAUUUUAGCUGCAACCAGGAGUAAGGAGUGUCACUGUACUCAUUCUUUCCCCACACAGAGAAUUGCGUCUGGCGGAUCAGUAUUUGCAUCAGGAAAAGACAGCAGCUGUAACAUGCCAUGCCCAGGGAUAGUCGAGACGGAUGGGUGCCGUGCUGACGAGUGCUGCGGAGGCAGAACCAAGGACGGAGACAAGGCCUACAGUGUUUAUGCCGUCGGAGGAAUUGAUGUUCCAGCUCAAGUAUGGAAACGAGUGCAGAAGAAUCUAUUUGAUAAUAUAGACACUAGGAGAUAUGGGCGGAUGCUUCUCUUAUGGCAGCAAUUGGCAUGCGAAGUGUUCGAACCGUUUGCCAGCAAGGUGAUGUCUCGGCAGAAGAACAUCAAGACCGCCGCUAGUCUCGCUCGCUGUCAGAGUUACUGUGACCGCGAGGUCUCCUUCGCUUGCCUCGCCUACUCCUACACACAGAUCCAGCGCGACGGGGAGAACUACCUUGGGGAGUGCAAGCUGUAUGACCAUCUCACCCCACUGACGAAUAAAGACGCUAAUACCAAGUUAUUUAUUCGGAAAUGUAUCUUAGAUAACACCAGCGGUAAUUCAGCCAGCGCAGGUCCUCCAACAGUUCUCUACGACGGCGGAGAUAUUACCCAAGAGGGUAUCAGAGGUUUUCUCACAACACGCAAGCGGCCCCUCUUGAGGAAUAGCUGGGCCAAAGUCUGUAUGAGCGACAAAGCCGACAGUAACAAUUUGGUCGCCGACAUUGGAUGCCGACAGAUUGGAUUCUACGGAGGCUAUGCGUGGCCUUACAGGGCGGAGGAGAGUGAACCCAUGUCAUUGACGCGCGUCGAACUUCUGUGUCGCGAGGGAGCGAAUACGUUACAGGAAUGCGUCUGGAAAUCCCGCAGCACUUGUCCAAAAGGUGCAAUGUACGUCUACUGUAUAGGGAGGGGCCCAAUCAUGAUCAACAAACGACUUUCCUUGGAACUGCAGAACUACAAACGUGAACUUGAAGAUCAGAUGCCAUUGUCCUUGACCCCGAUGGAAAGCUAUGACCUUGAACUUGACAACAUUAACUCUAAUGUCAAUCAGAUGCAAACAUACAUGAAGGAGACUGAAGAAUCGUCCCAAAUGGUUUGGAGGUCGGAAACGGGCUUCCAAGAGGGACAGUCUAAGACCAUCUCAUCCACCAAGUCAAAGGCAUGGUCUGUGGGAGGGUCUGUCGGAACCAGCCUUGACAUGUCCGUCAGUGCCACAGUUGGCGGGGGAUUCCUUACCGCCAAAGCUAGUGUGACCACAGAAGUCGCCACAAGCCUUAACACCGAGGUCUCUCACGCUACGUCUGGCAGAUCCACGGACUCCUCCUCUGGUACCAAGGCAACUAAGAACAUCUUCAGCGAGGGUUUCUCCAAGACUGUUACCAAGGUGAAAUCGGUGAGGCAGACCUACAAUUUAAUGGUGCCACCCUUUCAUCGAGGUUUCAUGAACUUUUUCAAGGAAGAGGUACCCAUGACGCUCAAAUGGCGCAGCACGUUCUGGCUUGGAGGGAAUAUUGAGCUUCAAUAUGGACCACUACAGAAGAACAUCUCAGUGGUGAAUCUGCUGAUAAACACUCAGCGAACGUUCUUCACGCUGGGCUCACUUAGUUACAAAACAACCAAGCUGAUAUCACAGAUCACCCUCAAAGAUUCCAACGGCAAGACCACUGCCCCAAUUGACCCGAACGGCGCUCAGUGCAGCCAGCCAGAUUGUAAGCGCUGGUAUGGUGACGAGGCAAUGUGUGACGGCGUCGCCUGUGUCACAGACUUCGCCAUCGACUGUAACGUGGAUCUACAAGAAUGUCUCAAAGAGAACUCCGAGUUGAUAUGCGAACGGUAGAAUCGCAUCAAGUGUCCAGCAAACGAGAAAUUUUGCAUAAGACAAUCUCUUGUUUGAGGGGAGCAUCGCAGCUGCCAGUGACACGGAUAAUCGGUCAUUACUGUGACCUGCCAUUAAUAUCAAUAACAUCGAUGACAGGUUUUACCUUUUGUAGAUCAUUGCUGCAGUUGUAAUUACCGCAGGUUAAAAAUCAUCGAUCAACAAUGCCGAUCUACCGGCGUAGAUAUCCAUGAGAAGACUUUACGAUUGAGGUUCACCGACGGCAAGUCUGCAUGCGAUCAACUGACUUAGAUAACUCCCUGCUGUGAACAGUAAUAUUCAGGACAAGCUUGUGAACGAGGCGAUGAUUAGAGACUAAAAGGAUGGUGGAUCACCUUUUAUUGUUGGUUUUUAAGAAAAUAAAAAAUCAUACAUUUCUGUUAAUAGAUAGUGACUAUUUCCAUAAAUAAUCUGUGAAACUAUUAAAGAUACUACAUUGU